ACAUGAAUGUAUCAGGCAUGAUUUGCUUUACUCUGGUAGUGAGCCUUCUUCUGGCUCAGACCGAAGGACGGGCUUUCAAUAACGCUCAAUCACGUGAGAAGCGACAAACAAGCAGUUGUGACGGAGGAACAAGGUAUGACACUUUCGGGCCAAUUUCCACCAACACUGAGGGUCAAUACAGCAACAACGAGAACUGCUGCUGGGAUUUCGCACCUGACAUAGGAGGGACCACAUUUAAUAUCACGUUCAACUUUGACACGUUUGAACUAGAAAGUAGUUCUACUUGUAGAUAUGAUGCCCUUACUUUCUACACGGUAGAUGGGCCUGAGAAGGAGUGUGGACUGAAGACGAACUUCACAAGGACAUUCACGGUGACAGAAAGUCCCUUCCAAGUGUGUUUCACCAGCGAUAGCUCCGUUACCGGACAGGGUGUCAGUGGAUCCUACAGCAUAGCCGCAGGUUCAAGAGGAUCUACUACUCCAAGCUACUUCACAACUGACUAUCCCGACUAUUACUAUAAUUAUUACCAAGAUUACCUAACUACUCCAUAUCCCUACUACGUCUCUACUGACUAUCCCAACUACGUCUCUACUGACUAUCCGUACUACUAUCCUACUGACUAUCCUCAAUAUCCAACUACCAGCUAUCCAUAUUAUUAUAAUUACAACCAAUAUCCAGAUUAUGUAACUACUCCUUAUCCCUACUAUGGCCCUAUUGACUAUCCCUACAAUUACCAAUAUCCAGAUUACGUGUCAACUCCAUAUCCCUACUUUUUCCCCAUUGACUAUCCCCAAUAUCCCACUACCAGCUAUCCCUAUUAUUAUAAUUACAACCAAUAUCCAGAUUAUGUAACUACUCCAUAUCCCUACUUUUUCCCUAUUGACUAUCCCUACAAUUACCAAUAUCCAGAUUAUUUGUCAACUCCAUAUCCCUACUAUCCAGCAACCAUCGGUGUGGUUCCAAUCCCCGAGGACGUACCUGGCUGUGAUACUAUCAGCGUAAACACUGAUGGCAACACUACAUAUUAUGGUAACCAUGGAAGCAUCAGUAUCAACGAUGACGGUAGCUACGGCAACAGCGAGGACGCUUGUUUUUCACUUCAUCCAAGCUUCUCAGGGUCGGGCAUCAUCACCUUUGUCUUCAACGUGUUUGACAUUGAAGAGGCCACCGACUGUAUAUUUGACUAUAUCGAGUUUGAUGACGGCAACACCAGACUGAGGGAAUGUGGCUCUGUUGAUAUGGGGACCCAGAGAGAGUUUGAGUUCCACGACGGCCGUUUCAAUGUGUGCUUCCACUCCGACGGAUCAGUGACAGGACGGGGUUUCCAGGCCACGUAUACCAUGAAUCCAGUUCAAGAGGUUGACUCUGAUGUGACUACAUCCUUUCCAGUGUACAUCUUUAACUCAACCAUAUCACCUAAUUUUACGCUACCAGUAGAUCCUAUCUUCAACUCAACGAUGUCACCUAAUUCCACACAGGCCACAACUCUACCAGUGAAUACAACCGUGAACGCUACAGACGACGCAGAUGGCGAAAUUUCAGACUGCAACCUCGAUAUUGAUGAUCUUGAGGGCACCUAUACCCUGCCCACUGAUUCCGAGGGACAAUAUGAAAACAACCAACACUGUGACAUCACUAUCCGCUCUCCCCUCACCCCUCACAUCACCACUGUCAACUUUACCCGUUUUGACCUCGAGGACGAUACGGGCUGCGACUAUGACAGUUUAACUAUAACAAGUGACGAGGGCACAGAGAACCUGUGUGGAACCGAAGAAUCCUUUACCAGACAAUACACCGGGCAAUCAGUUGACAUGACAUUUACCAGUGACGGAAGUGUUGUGCGUAGCGGUUUCUCCUUUGACUAUGUCACUGAAAUAGUCUACUGUAAUGCAACUAUUAACGCCCCAUCCGGAACUUUUGAGUCACUACCCGGUGGCUACGAGAACAACAUGUACUGCACCUACACCAUCAACACCCCUGGUCCUGGAGAACUUGUCUUCAGCUUCCCACUGUUUGACGUUGAGUCAAGCAGCAGCUGCCGAUACGACGCCGUGGACAUGGAAGGAGACAAGCUGUGUGGAACAAACGUGGACGACAAGACCUACAGUACUGAUGGGCAUUUCCAGAUCGUCUUCACAAGCGACGGUUCCGUAACUCGUGAUGGUUUCCGCAUAAACUUCAACUUCACUCAGACCGAUGUACCCACAUCCCCACUUCCAACACUACCCGCAACAACCAUUCCCCCUACCACUGAGCCUGAAACCUGCAACCAAGUCCUGACAUCAGAUAAUGGCGCCCUAACAAGCCCCGGCAACGGCAGCUACGCCAACAACGAGAACUGUGUCACUGUUAUCACAGGCCCCAAUACACCAUACACCUUGGUCGUCAGCUUCACAACGUUUGACCUCGAGUCCUCAUCUAACUGUGGAUACGACUAUCUGGAGGUGGAUACGGGCCUGAGUAGCAGCCUGAAGGGAUGUGGAUCAACCUGGAGGAACAGAACAGUGGAGUACACGUCAAAUGGAGGUAACGCCACAGUGACGUUUUCUUCUGACUCCAGUCAGACAGGAUUGGGAUACAGCGCCACCUACACCAUCCAGCCAAGCGGUGUUCCUUCCUUGAAUAAUGGCGAAUGUGCAUACAUCAACACCAACAUCUCGGAGGGCGCUAUCCAAAGUCUCCCGGGAACCGGCAGCAACUACCCCAACAACAUGGACUGCUCGUAUGUGUUCACUCGCAACACCCCCUUCUACCUGAACAUCAACUUCACCGCCCUCGACACAGAGUCUUCAAGCAACUGCCGCUACGACUAUGUCCAGGUUGGGGAUGAUAAAUACUGUGGAAGUGAUUUGCCCAACGCAACCAGAGUGUCAGUACAAGGUGGAUCAGCCAUAAUUCGCUUCAGAAGUGACAUCACUGUUACAGGAAGGGGUUUUGUGGCUUUGUUCAGCAUUGAAGAGAACUGCAACGUCGACAGUGAUGACCUUGAGGGCACCUAUACCCUGCCCACUGAUUCCGAGGGACAAUACGAAAACAACCAACACUGUGACAUCACUAUCCGCUCUCCCCCCACCCCUCACAUCACCACUGUCAACUUUACCCGUUUUGACAUCGAAGACGAUGCGGGCUGCGACUAUGACAGUGUGUCAGUGACAAGUGGCGGCACCACUGAGAAACUGUGUGGAGCUAAAGAGUCCUUCAUCCGACAAUACAAUGGGCCAACAGUUGACAUGACCUUUACCAGUGACGCAAGUGUUGUGGGUAGCGGCUUCUCCUUUAACUAUGUCACUGAACUAGUCUACUGCAAUGCAACCAUAAACGGCACCUCCGGUACCUUUGAGUCACAGCCUGGUGGCUACGACAGGAAUAUGUACUGCACCUACACCAUCAACACCCCUGGUCCUGGAGAACUUGACUUCAUCUUCCCACUGUUUGACGUUGAGAGAGGCACCAGCUGCCCAUACGACGCCGUGGAGAUGGGAGGAGACAGGCUGUGUGGAACAAACGUGGAAGACAAGACCUACAGUACUGAUGGGCAUUUCCAGAUCGUCUUCACAAGCGACGGUUCCGUAACUCGUGAUGGUUUCCGCAUAAACUUCAACUUCACCCAGACCGAUGUACCCACAUCCCCACUUCCAACACUACCAGUGACAACUGAACAGACCAUUCCCCCUAUCACGACAUCACCCACUGAGCCUGAAACCUGCAACCAAGUCCUGACAUCAGAUAAUGGCACCCUGACAAGCCCCGGCAACGGCAGCUACGCCAACAACGAGAACUGUGUCACUGUUAUCACAGGCCCCAAUACUCCAUACACCUUGGUCGUCAACUUCACAACGUUUGACCUCGAGUCCUCAUCUAACUGUAGAUACGACUAUCUGGAGGUGGAUACGGGCCUGAGUAGCAGCCAGAAGGGAUGUGGAUCAAGCUGGAGAAACAGAACAGUGGAGUACAAGUCAAAUGGAGGUAACGCCACAGUGACGUUUUCUUCUGACUCCAGUCAGACAGGAUUGGGAUACAACGCCACCUACACCAUCCAACCAAGCGGUCUUCCAUCCUUGAUUAAUGGCGAAUGUGCGUACAUCAACACCAACAUCUCGGAGGGCGCUAUCCAAAGUCUCCCGGGAACCGGCAGCAACUACCCCAACAACAUGGACUGCUCGUAUGUGUUCACUCGCAACACCCCCUUCUAUCUGAACAUCAACUUCACCGCCCUCGACACAGAGUCGUCAAGCAACUGCCGCUACGACUAUGUCCAGGUUGGAGAGGAUAAAUACUGUGGAAGUGAUUUGCCCAACGCAACCAGAGUGUCAGUACAAGGUGGAUCAGCCAUAAUUCGCUUCAGAAGUGACAGCAGUGUUACAGGAAGGGGUUUUGUGGCUUUGUUCAGUAUUGAAGAGCACUGCAACUUCGACAGUGAUGAUCUUGAGGGCACCUAUACCCUGCCCACUGAUUCCGACGGACAAUAUGAAAACAACCAACACUGUAACAUCACUAUCCGCUCUCCCUCCACCCCUCACAUCACCACUGUCAACUUUACUCGUUUUGACAUCGAGGACGAUGCGGGUUGCGACUAUGACAAGUUAAAUAUAACAAGUAACGAGGGUUCUGAGAACCUGUGCGGAGCGAAAGAGCCCUUUACCAGACAAUACACCGAUCCUACAAUUAACAUGACAUUUACCAGUGACGGAAGUGUUGUGCGCAGCGGUUUCUCCUUUAACUAUGUCACUGAACUAGUCUACUGCAAUGCAACUUUGAACGCCACGUCCGGUACCUUUGAGUCCCAGCCUGGUGGCUACGAGAACAACAUGAACUGCACCUACAACAUCACCACCCCUGGUCCUGGAGAACUUGUCUUCAGCUUCCCACUGUUUGACGUUGAGAGAGGCACCAGAUGCCGAUACGACGCCGUGGAGAUGGGAGGAGACAAGCUGUGUGGAACAAACGUGGAAGACAAGACCUACAGUACUGAUGGUCAUUUCCAGUUCACCUUCACAAGCGAUGGAUCCGUAAAUGGAGACGGUUUCAAGAUAGACUUCGUCUUCCUCCCUGAAGAAAUUCAGAACUAGGGACGUGGGUUAUUUGCCAAGAGAUGGAACACAUGCUCAAUAAACCACUUAAAUGAA